AUGAUCACCGGAUACAAGAAGCUCAUCGCUCUUCUCCUUCUCCUUCCCAUCCUUGCCGGCGCAGCACCUGUCCCGGUGGCUUCCGAGACCGGACUCGCAGACCAAACUGGUGAUGCCAUGUGGGGCGGACGUAUGCAACAGGGUCGUCCUUGGAAACGCGAUGACGAAGGUACCGAAGCCUGGGGCGGAAGGAUGCAACAAGGUCGUCCUUGGAAGAGGGAUGGUGAUGACACUGGUUCUGAAGCCUGGGGUGGACGAAUGCAACAAGGUAGACCUUGGAAACGCGAUGACGAAGGUACCGAAGCCUGGGGUGGUAGGAUGCAGCAAGGUAGACCCUGGAAGAGGGACGACGAGGGUACCGAAGCCUGGGGUGGUAGGAUGCAGCAAGGGCGUCCAUGGAAACGUGACGAGGAAGGAACUGAAGCCUGGGGUGGUAGGAUGCAGCAGGGUAGACCCUGGAAGAGGGACGACGAAGGUACCGAAGCCUGGGGCGGUAGAAUGCAGCAGGGACGACCAUGGAAGAGGGACGACGAGGGAACUGAAGCCUGGGGCGGACGAAUGCAACAAGGUCGCCCGUGGAAGAGGGAAGGGGAGGACGACACCGGUUCCGAAGCUUGGGGUGGAAGGAUGCAGCAGGGACGACCAUGGAAACGUGAAGAUACCGAAGGUUCCGAAGCUUGGGGUGGACGUAUGCAACAAGGACGUCCAUGGAAACGUGAAGAUACCGAGGGCACUGAAGCUUGGGGUGGAAGGAUGCAACAAGGACGUCCAUGGAAGCGAGACGACGACGAAGGCUCUGAAGCUUGGGGAGGACGUAUGCAACAAGGGCGUCCAUGGAAGCGAGACGACGACGAAGGAUCCGAAGCUUGGGGAGGUCGCAUGCAACAAGGCCGUCCUUGGAAACGUGACGACGACGAGGGUUCCGAAGCUUGGGGUGGACGUAUGCAACAGGGGCGACCAUGGAAACGAGAAGAUACCGAGGGCACUGAAGCUUGGGGAGGUCGUAUGCAACAAGGCCGUCCUUGGAAAAGAGAAGAACAAAUCUCUACUCGUAAUCUCGCUGUCGAUGCUAAAACGACCGUUCAUGCUCUUGUCGGUGAUGAAGGAGGUAAAACUGGAUUACUCGAUCUUCCCGGUCUUCUUUCUCUUUAA